GUGCGGUCCAAUUUACAGGCUGGAGCAGCAGCUGCAUCCUGUAUUUCUCUGAAGUAUUACAUGAUUUUCACUCCUUGCAAACUUUAUCAUCUUUGUUGCAGAGUUGGAAAUCAGUAUGCAUAGCAAGGACACAAUCAUAUACAUCAGAUUUCUCUUGUGGUUUCUUCUGCUCUGCGUGCUUAUUGGGAAGUCACAAAAUGAAGAUGACAUCAUAAUUACAACCAAAAAUGGAAAAGUCCGAGGUAUAAACUUGCCAGUUCUUGGUGGUACGGUAACAGCCUUUCUUGGAAUUCCCUAUGCACAGCCACCUCUUGGUAGACUUCGAUUCAAAAAGCCACAAUCCCUGACCAAGUGGUCUGAUAUUUGGGAUGCCACAAAAUAUGCAAAUUCUUGCUUUCAGAACAUUGAUCAGAGUUUUCCAGGCUUUCAUGGAUCAGAAAUGUGGAACCCAAACACUGACCUCAGUGAAGACUGUUUAUAUCUGAAUGUAUGGAUUCCAGCACCUAAACCAAAAAAUGCCACUGUAAUGGUAUGGAUUUAUGGUGGUAGUUUUCAAACUGGAACAUCAUCUUUACAUGUUUAUGAUGGCAAAUUUUUGGCUCGUGUUGAAAGAGUUAUCGUAGUUUCAAUGAACUAUAGAGUUGGUGCCCUAGGAUUCUUAUCUUUACCAGGAAAUCCUGAGGCACCAGGGAACAUGGGUUUAUUUGAUCAACAGUUGGCACUUCAGUGGGUCCAAAAAAAUAUAGCAGCCUUUGGUGGAAAUCCUAAAAGUGUAGCUCUCUUUGGAGAAAGUGCAGGAGCAGUUUCAGUUAGCCUUCAUUUGCUUUCUCCAAGAAGCCACCCAUUGUUCAACAGAGCCAUUCUGCAAAGUGGAUCGUCUAAUGCCCCUUGGGCAGUAACAUCUCUUUAUGAAGCUAGGAACAGGACGUUAACCUUAGCUAAAUUUCUUGGUUGCUCUAGAGAGAAUGAGACUGAGAUAAUAAAGUGCCUUCGAAAUAAAGAUCCCCAAGAAAUUCUUCUGAAUGAAGUAUUUGUUGUCCCCUAUGGUACUCUCUUGUCAGUAAACUUUGGUCCAAUAGUGGAUGGUGAUUUUCUCACUGACAUGCCAGACAUACUACUCCAACUUGGACAAUUCAAAAAAACCCAGAUCUUGGUGGGUGUUAACAAAGAUGAAGGGACAGCUUUUCUAGUAUAUGGUGCUCCUGGUUUCAGCAAAGAUAACAACAGUAUCAUAACUCGAAAAGAAUUUCAAGAAGGUUUAAAAAUAUUUUUUCCAGGACUAAGUGAAUUUGGAAAGGAAUCAAUCCUUUUUCAUUACACAGACUGGUUAGAUGAUCAGAGACCUGAAAACUACCGUGAAGCCUUAGAUGAUGUUGUUGGGGAUUACAAUAUCAUAUGCCCUGCUUUGGAGUUCACCAAGAAGUUCUCAGAAUUGGGAAAUAAUGCCUUUUUCUACUAUUUUGAACAUCGCUCCUCUAAACUUCCUUGGCCAGAAUGGAUGGGAGUGAUGCAUGGCUAUGAAAUUGAAUUUGUCUUUGGUUUACCUCUGGAAAGAAGAGUUAAUUACACAAAAGCAGAGGAAAUUUUGAGUAGAUCUAUAAUGAAACGCUGGGCAAAUUUUGCAAAAUAUGGAAAUCCAAAUGGGACUCAGAGCAAUAGCACAAGAUGGCCAGUCUUCAAAAGUCCUGAACAAAAAUAUCUUACCUUGAACACGGAGCCACCGAGAAUAUACACUAAACUACGUGCUCAACAAUGCCGAUUCUGGACACUUUUCUUCCCCAAAGUCUUGGAAAUUACAGGAAAUAUUGAUGAAGCAGAACGAGAGUGGAAAGCAGGAUUUCAUCGCUGGAGCAAUUACAUGAUGGACUGGAAAAAUCAAUUUAACGACUACACCAGCAAGAAAGAAAGCUGUGUGGGUCUCUAAUUAAUAGAGUUACCCUUUAUAGAAUGUCCAUUUUCCUGUAGAUCAAGGCAAAAAUAUCAGUAGCUCUCUUACACACCUACUAAAAAAGCUAUUAUAUAGCCAAGACGAUAAUGCCAGAAGGAUAAUAUUGAUUCCUCACAACUUUCACUUAGUAUUUUACCUAGCAUGUCAAAACCAAAUGGCUAUAACAUGUUUAAUUAAAUUUCACAAUAUAAAGUUCAACAGUUAAUUAUAUGCCUAUUAAAA